GCCGCAGAAGGGGGAUGCUGUCACUGAACCUGGCAACCUGUCAGCGGCUCCCACACACUGUCUAACCCCACAGGAGGAGCUCCUUCCCCGGUCUGCUGAGGCGAAUCUAACCCGCUGUCUGUGUCAGUAUGUGUCCAAGUUAAUCCGGUAACAGAUAAGGAUGAUUAUCGAUGAUGGUAACAGAGGAAACAGUCAAUAAAUCAGGGUUAAAGGAGGUUCUUUUAAAGCUAACUCAUAUUAGCAUGUCAGCAGGCUAGCUAGCUGACAGUUGGAUUGACAACAAACGGAUCCGGUUUUUAUUGAGUCCGAGGACUGUCCGGGGUCCAGAGUCCUCUUAGAGUUCUGGUCCAGAUGAAACCAUAAAACCAGAGUCUGUUCAGAGGGAACCUUUAGGACUUUUCUGAGCAGGAACCGUUUGACUUUGAGGAGCUAAUGUUAGCUGGGUUAAUGUAACUGAGCUGAGACCAGGACCAGGACAGACCAGGACCAGGACUGAGAGGGGUCCUUUUAAGGCUCUAUGAUAGACCUGAACCCGUUUGAAGACCCCUUUAGGUUUUAUAUGGGACAGACUGGAAUACAGGCGUCUAAAGGUUUGGACUAAGAUGAUGAGGGACAAAAGGCUGAAGAGUGACUGAAGAUCAUGUGUUAGAAUGAGAGGAUAAUUCAGGAUAUGAUCAUCUCUAAAGUCGAUAAGACCGAUAUAUUUAGGCUGAAUAUCGAUAUACGAUCUAUAUCCUGAUACUGUUGAGUUACAGUCAAAGACAAAUAUGACAUGGAGGACCUUUGUUUCUAAUUGGAGCUCCAUAAGGUGAACAUUUAAGUGAAAAUAACCCGUAAAGUAAAAUAGGACAAUCUGUUCCUGAAAUAAAUGUAUUUAUAUGAGAAAAGCAUCAACAUUUUGACAACUCUAAAUGGACGAUUACAAUCAAAUUACAGAUUUUCUUCUCCUCUCUAACAAAUCCACAGAUGUAAACAACGAACAGAGGAAUUAAAUCUGACAAACUCUAGUAAGGUCAGCAUUUACAUGUAUAAAGACAGAACAAAAUAAAGUUUAAGCUCAGUUUAAGAAAAUAGUUUUUAAACAUCAUUUUAAGAUAAUUUAUCUGUCUUUCUUCUUUAAAAUAGUUUAAAACAAGACGAUGAACUCGGUAAACAUUCCCUCUUCUUUCUGUUUGACUCUGAUAAACAGUGUUUUCUUCAGGUCCACAUUAGAGGACAGACGAGUGUGUCCUUCUUUGUUUAAAGAAACUCCAGCCUGUGAACAACAGCGUCUGAUAUCUGUAUAUGUAUAUAUGUGAUAUGAUCGAAUUCCAUAUCUCAUUUAAAAAUACAUCUAUAUAUUUCUUAUUUCGAUAUAUCCCCCUUUAGUUUAUCAUUUGAGUUUAUAUACCAUGAGGUGUUGAGGCCUCUGCAGGUGAAGGUCACUGUGUCUGUCUUCAAAACCAACCAGGAUACAGCAAUGCUACUUUUUGAUUGGCUGCUUGGUAGCUAUACUUCAUUUGAUUGGCUUACAUGUGGCACACAGCUUCUGAACUCUCUCGAUUCCUCCCUGUUCCAUCGUUGAAGAGGUUAAACUCGGUGGACGUCACCGUGGUCAUUUAAACGCGUGAGAAAUAUAAUGUGUGGCGUGUGAACGGGUGGGAAUUUGUGAGACUUGAGAGUCCUGUAGAAGUCCAGCACCAUUAAAACUGACCCUCUUUGUGUUCCAGGUCUCUCUCCAUCCGGAUCAGCCUGUCCACAGAAACCAGAACCAGGACCAUGACCUGACCGAUGGACCGCUGCAGCGUCAGACUCUGGAAGUAGAUCAUGAACGACAAACUGGUCUUCCUGGGCCUGCUCUACUUCGUCCAAGGCAUCCCCUACGGUCUCCAGUCCUCCCUGCUCCCGGUCUACCUGCGUGGAGCCGGUCACUCCCUCACCCGCAUCGGCUUCACCAAGAUCCUUUACUUUCCCUGGGUCCUCAAAGUGCUCUGGGCCCCCCUGGUGGACCGGGUCGGUACCAAGCGCCGCUGGCUGGUGGGGACGGUUUCUGGUCUGGCUCUGACAUGCCUCACCAGUGCCGCCCUGGCCCCGGAGGCCCAUAUCUGGGGGGUAGCAGGAACUCUGUUGGCCAUGAACAGCCUGGCAUCGGUCCAGGAUAUCGCUGUAGACGGGGCCGCCGUGGGGUUACUGAAAGGUCGGGGGGAGCUGGGUCUGGGAAACACGGCACAGGUGGUGGGCUAUAAAGCCGGGUCGGUCUUUGCAGGAGGGGGUCUGCUGGCAGUGAUCGACGUGGCGGGAUGGAGCUGGAUGUUCAUGCUGCUGACGUUCGUGUACGCAGGCGUGGCUCUGUUUGUGUGGGGGGCCCCUGUGCUGGACGAUGAGACCGUGAGGGGCCAACAGGCCGACGCCAGCAGGAAGGGGGUGCAGGGGGCCGACGCUGUGAGGCCCUGGAGGAUCUGGAGGAAGCUGCUGGCAGUACCGGGAACCCCGUGGACAGUCCUGUACGUGCUGACGUACAAACUAGGUGAGUCUGAUUUACAGACACUCGUGUUUCACAGAGAAGGUCGGCAGGUAACGAUCAAUCAAAUCUAAUCAGACUUUAAUACAAACCGGAGAAGAACCAGAGGGGAAACGUUCGGUCCGAAGUGACCAGUUAAAGGGAUAUUCUGGCGUAAAAUUAAUUUAGGGUCAAACCCACCGUAACCCAGAGUUAGCCCCCCCCUCCAGAGAUGAAUGUUGUCGACCGCUUCCUUCUCUAGUUAUACCAACUUUAGUAACGACAACAGGAUAGCAAUACAGAGAGCCACGCCCUCAACCAAAACGCCACUCUAUAGCCACAAAUAAUGUUCAGAACAGCACCUAACUUCAUCAACAGGACAUAUAGGGUCACAGACAUAGUACUAUAUUCAGAGUUGUUCUAACUCCUAAGAAAACAAACUUAAGUGGGGGCGUUUCUCCACUUCUGUAGUCUAUAAUCUGGGCCAAUAAACUUCUACUGUAGUAAAAUGAAAAGGUAAAGGUGUUUUUAUUGAGCCGAAUUAUCAAUAAAAUCAUGAUUUUGUUCACAGGUAUGGAUUUAUGUGCUGUUGAGUUAAUAUAUUUGAACAAGAGCACAGUAAAGUUAAAUCAGUCAAUUUUCCAAUGAGGUUCUGUGACUGAACGGAACUACACCAUGAUCUACUGAGAUUAGGACAUAUAGGGUCACAGCCAUAGUACUAGACACCAAACAUCUUUUUAACUUUGACUCAUUUCUUUAACAAAGAGACUGCGGGGUGCCGCAGCUCAAGGAAGAACAUUUAUGAUAAUUUCUUCAUGGAAAUACAAUCACACCGAGACGCUAAUCAAAUAAGUUUCUGCUUUUCACAGUCGGUGCGUCUGCAGUUUGAAGGAAAAAAGCAAAGUGAGAAAUUCUCAAACUGCAGAGGCUAAAAUAUCUGAAAAGUUAUGAAAACAAAUGAGAGAGAAUCAUUAAAAAACAGAUUCAUGUGUGAGUGGAAGAGACACAGAGUGAGCUUUAUUAUUGUUGGUGAAGGACAGAUGGAGGUCUGGAUCUACUGGUCCUGAUUUUACCCUAUUUAGAAGUUUCCUCACCGACACUAACAGAUUCAGAGGCAGAGAAACGAUCUUUAGUGUUCACUCCUGCAGACAGGUAUCCAUGGAAACAUGAAGACAAACACACACAGACAUCAAACUGUGAGUGAAGCUGAUCUAUACCCUCUGAUUCUAGUCCAAACUGUAAACAGUCGGAGUGUGUUAUUGAAAAUGUGAUUGGUGUAAGCUCCUGAACUCACCACUAGAUGUCUCUGUUGGUCUGUUACUGAGGAGUGAUGGACCCGGUGAAGAAGUUGUUGAAGUUCUGGUGGUGUGACAGUUAGUUAGCAGGUCUGUUUCUUCAGUCUGAGAGGAAGUGUUUGUUUUAAACGCCACAGAAACUAAAGUUAAAACCUCGGCGCUGCAGAACGCCACACGAGUUUAAACGAGUUAUUCUGACUUUGUGGUCGUGAAGAAGAGUUUGUUCUUCUUCUGAGAAACUGUUGAAGCUCUUCUGGAUGUGAGUGGGAGAGAGAGUUGAUCUGACCAGAGUUUGCUGUUUGGUAGCAGAAGGGGAUUAUGUAAGGAUUAGAGCGUCUUUGUGUCUGUGCGUUUCAGAAACUGAAAUGGAAGACGGAGCAGCACGCCGUUCUCUGUCCGUGUGUGUCUGUGCGUGUGUGUGGGUGGUGGGAAUGUAAUUGUCUCCCCCCAUUUGCAUAGUGUAUGUGCUUGAAUGUAUAUGCCUUUGUCUUAAAUGUGUGUGUGUGUGUGUGUGUGUGUGUGUUUUUGAGGGUGGCUUUGUAAUCGGAUGAGCAGACGACACUACGAGACAAAUAUGAAGGCUGGCUGGACCCCUAAUCUGUCUAGGGAACAACCCCCCAACACUCUCUCUGUCGCCCUAAAACACACACACACACACACACACACACACACACACACACACACACACACACACACUCAUUUACAGUGAUGCUCAUCGAGACUUCAUCAAACUGUUUUCCUUAUCGCUGAUUCCUCGGCAGCCUUGUCUGGUGUUGUCACUUCCUGUCAGAGCGGAAGAAACGUUUCACCUGAACGGGAAAAAGAAGAAGAAGAGAAAGUAGAAAAAGAAAAAGUAAAAGAAGAAGAAGAAGAAAAAGAGAAAGAGUAAAAAAAAAGUAAAAGAAGAAGAAGAAGAAGGAGGAGGAUUGUGUAAUAGUCGAGUUUCGGGCCUGGAUGUGCCGGCGUAAUUGCCUCUGUGAGACAGCAUUGUUUUUGUUCAGGGGGUGUGUGGGGAUGUUUGUGCGCGACCGGUGAUCUGCCUGUCUGAACCCCCCCUGACACACACACACACACACACACACACACACACACCCCUCUCCUCGUCUAUCCCUAAUGAACUCCAAGUUUGCACUUCGUCCAACACAGCCGCCAAUCACUUGGACUCUGCGGUGACCCCUGUGCCAGAGUCCAGGGGCAUGAUGGGAGGACUGUCUGGGGAGGCCGGAUGGAGGGCGAGGGGGGGGGGUUAAAGAGAAAGUUUGGGAGAAAAAAGAGGAGAAGAAGAAGAAGACGGGGUGAUCAGAGCUCAAACUCAAAUGUUGGAGGUAAAGUUUCAAAAAGAAACCCUGACUUUUGUUUCUUUAUCAACUUUAUUUUUACUUCGUUUGACGACUGAAGUGAAAAUACGAACACUUCUUUGACUUAAACGACCUUUUUCCUCGUUUUUUUACAGCGUUAUUAUUAUUUCAGGUCUGAGGAUGACUGAUAUUAUUGGAGUUAAAAUUAAAACUCGGUCUGAAGGACCCCCUGUAGUUCACCGAAGAGCCCCCAGGUGAAAAACCUCCUCCUGAGAGACACGGCGGCUCUAAAGAGACCCAGAAUACUGCGUUAGUUCUUUCUGUGGAAAAAUGAGUUUAAAUAAAGUUUUUUAUCGGAGCAGAACUAGAUUUCACAGUUUCACAGUUUUGCCCCGAUCAUUCGAAGUUCUGGUUCUAGUGAGUCCAGUUCGCAGAGACCCGGGAACCAGCAGGAGCAGGUGAAAGUGUUUUUGGGUGGGUGAUGGAUUUUGUAGAUUUACAGGGUGAGGUGGAGAGAGAAAGAGAGGGAGACUUCAGGAGGGAGAGGGGGAGUAUUUUCCAGGGAGAAGGAGAAGGACUGCAGGGAGGGAGGAGAUGAAUAAAUGAAGAACCACCACAUGGUGCCCUGAGAGAGAAACGGAGCGAAAUGGCCUCAGAAAUAAAGAGACAGUGAUCUUCUCUGAGACACAAAGGUGUGAGAUCUCCUCCUCCUCCUCCUCCUCCUCCUCCUCCUCCUCCUCCUCUGAUCUGUUCAACUUUAAAAUGUUGAUUUUAUUAUCGUCCAUCUGUUAUCGAUCAUGAGGCCGGUCCUGAUGAUCAGCUGAUUAUUGUUUUGAAGUUUCCCCCUGACGGACUAAUAAAAGAAUAUCUUAUCUCUGAGUACAUGUACAUGAUGUGAAGAAACGACAGAGAACUUUGUUUUUACUGCAGUUUCUUCUUCAGCUGCUCUGGUGUCUGCAUGUCAGGACGUCUGCGCAGACUACAGCUAAAAAUAUGAAAUAUGAAGGUUUACUCCGUCAUCAUAAAUCAGAGUGUGUGUAUUAGAGGACUGAUCUUACCGGACACAAAGGUUCGAGUUUACAGCUCCUCUGAGAGGAAACAAAAGGAAACACCGGCGUAUUUAACAGGUUAUAAAUAUUUCAUCGUUUCUGAGUAAACGGAGAAAAAACUCCGAUCAGGUUUGGACUCUCUGCUGCUGCUGCUGAGAUGGAUGUUGUUUGUUUCUUCUCAGAAAUCGAGUGUUUUCCCAUGUUUCUAAACCCUGCAGGCCACCGAGAACUCCCUGACAUCUGCAUUGAUCUGCAGGGACACCGAGUGUGUGUGUGUGUGUGUGUCUGUGUGUGUGUGUGUGUGCGUGUGUGAAUAGACUAAUAUGCAUGAGAUACUUUGGAAGUGUGUAUAGCAGAGCUCCGUUUACUGUUUGUCCUCAGGGAGCCUGUGGAGCUGAGAGGUGUGUGCACAUGUGUGUCCACAUGCGCUUUUGUACAUGUGUUCAUGCUGUGCCUCUGUGUGUGUGUGUGUGUGUGUGUGUGUGCACGCUGCUCUAACAUGUGGUAUGUAUGAACCUGUGUGUUUACCGAGCUCUCAGCAGGGAGUGAUAUUGUUGUUCUGCAGGUUGGCGGUGGCGUGUCCUCGCUGAUCUCUGCUGCUCUGACGGCUCCUUUGUCUGAACUUCUGCGUGGACGUCGGGGUUUGACCUCUGUGUCCUCGUUGACCUCUCACCCCCCUCUCACUUCUCUCUCACCCUGAGCCUCUCUGAUAUCAGCCCCACCAUGGUGGUGUGGUGGUAUCCUGACCUCAUGGUCCUAAGAGUGAGGACAGUUUGUCCUGUGUUUAGGUGGAGCAGCUCAAAGGUCUGUCAGGAUGGAGUCAGCCUCCGUCUGCAGAGCUGAGAGAGCUCAGUGUUUGUUCUGUGGUGAAGAGCAGCGCUCACAGGUGAAGGUCAGAGCUGAAAACAGAGGGACAUUCAUGAUAAUAUGGAUUUGAUGUUGAUUUAGUCUGAGUCGAACCAACAUUAGAAAAAAUAAAGAACAAAAACAGCAGAAAUCAGAGGAGUGAGUUUGUCACAGUCAGGUGAGUUUUUCUCUCGUUUCUCGUCUUCAGAAAAAAAAAGGAACAAACGUUUUUGUGUUUUUGUUUCGGGGCUUCGACCUUCCUGUUUGUGUUUGAAGACUCAUGUUGUCAGGACCAGGAGCAAAAAAAACAUCCUUUCCUCUCUCUCUCUCUCUCUCUCUCUGUCUCUCUCCCUCCCUCUCUCUCCCUCUCUCUCUCUCUCUCUCUCUUUCUCUCUCCAACCCCCCCCCCGUUUUUUAGUGUUAAAUGAUUCGCCGUGUUUCUGUCGUCUGCCUCUAAUGUAAACACAAACACACAGCCCGCCAUCUCUCCCCUUGUUCCUCUCCACUAACCUCCUAACAAUGUCUCUCUUCAUCUGCCCCCCCCUUUACUCGUCUCUCUCUCUCUCUCUCUCUCUCUCUCUCUCUCUCUCGCUCGCUCUUGUUCGGCUCACAUCUCCUCAUCUCUGUUUUUAAAUAAGUGCGUUUUGAUUGUCACUACAUCUUUGUUUUUGUGUCCUUCCUCCUCUCUCUCUCUCUCUCCCCCUCUCCUCCCUCGUCAUCCCUGAGUUUCUCCCGGUCGCCCCCUCUCGCUCUCUCUCUCUCUCCCCCUCUCUCCUCCCUCUUGCUCCCGUUCAGUCCUCCCCUCCUCUCCUCUCCUGCUUGUUUAAUCUUUGCGGAUGUCUAAUGAAAUCCCUGCUGAAAUGGACAAUUGUUGCUUUGAGAAUAUUUAUAGAGAGGAAUAAUCAGCCCCCCCGCCCCCCCGCUCUUUAAAGAAAUAAUUAGUUGAAGGGAGGACUGUGAACGACGAACGCAGCGAGCUUUGAGCUUAACAACGGGAUCGAGAGCACUGAAUUAUGGGUAAACAACCGCCGCAUCACGGGCCCUGCUGCUGCUGACGAUACUGACUUCAUGUCGACUGAGACGCUCCUGACAGAAAGAGAGGACCAAAGUCUGAUCUAUCAUAGAAAUUUAACAGUCUGAUCUAUCAUAGAAAUUUAACAGUCUGAUCUAUCAUAGAAAUUUAACAGUCUGAUCUAUUAUAGAAAUAUAAAACAGUCUGAUCUAUCAUAGAAAUCUGAAGCAAACUGAUCUAUCAUAGAAAUUUAAAGCAGUCUGAUCUAUUAUAGAAAUUUAACAGUCUGCUCUAUUAUAGAAAUCUAAAGCAGUCUGAUCUAUUAUAGAAAUUUAACAGUCUGAUCUAUCAUAGAAAUUUAACAGUCUGAUCUAUCAUAGAAAUCUGAAACAGUCUGAUCUAACAUAGAAAUCUGAAACAGUCUGAUCUAUUAUAGAAAUCUAAAACAGUCUGAUCUAACAUAGAAAUCUGAAGCAAACUGAUCUAUCAUAGAAAUUUAAAACAGUCUGAUCUAUCAUAGACUUUGAACUUUGAUUCGAACCCCUCGCCCUGUCAGAUUGAGGGGGAUGCUGGGAUACGUGGUCUUCUUUAAAGGCUAACAUCGCCCACAUUAACGCCCUCUCUGUACAGAUUGUUAGCGCUGAAACACGAGCGCCGACAGAAGCGAGAGAGAAAAGCGUUUCCUGCUCACAGGAACCUGAUUUCCUUCUGCUGGGUUGUCACGCCGCCCGCCCGCCCGCCGUUCCAGCGGUGACACUCUCGCUCUGCUGCUGCACCCCCGAUCACUGGGAGCCUCUCAGUUUUCUCUUCUUCUUCUUUUUUUCAUUUGCGUCUGUUUCAUCUGCCUUUUCUCUCUCCUCUCUCUCUAUUUUUGUUUGUCUCCUGGCUGACUGAGUGAGUGAGUGAGUGAGUGAGUCGUCGGCGGCGGCGGCGUCGGUUGUGUUGUGUCGUCUUUGACAGCAGUCUGGGAGCCGAGCUGUCACUCACCAAACUCCUUGGUCCCACUGUCUUUCUGAAGUCAGUCUCCAUUAAUAUAAUAAUGGCGUAUAGUGUGAAUAUUUUACUGUAAUGUUGAGCGGAACAUUACCCUCGUCUGAGAGAAAGUCUGACAGAAAGUUUUUAUUUUGACGGCGAGGUCUUUGAGAGGUCUGUUUCAUCUGUGGAACUUUCUCUGGUUUUGUUGUGUGUUCCUCUUUGUGCUUCAGGAAAAGUGCGACGCCCCCGUUUGAUAAAGUGACGGAGGCUUUUCGGUUUCUUGUCAGGCAUCUAUUAUUGACACUUUCCAGGAAUAGGCCUAGGUGUGCGGCGUGCUGGCGUGCGGCGUUUGAUUCUGCAGUUGUCAUCUCAGGAAAGGCGUGUUGUUCAGUCUUGCAGGCUAAACAGUUUAGUACCACUUCCUGUCUGUGUUGGACUGUGAUUGGAUGAGACGUGUGUACUCAGAUGAUGCUUAGUCAUGAACUGUAACUACUUCCUGUUAGGAUGGCGUUUAAACACACCUAUCAUUGAUACCUGUUUGUAUUGUUUCUGCCAUCAGGUGAGCAGGGCGCCGUGACCAUGUUCCCUCUCUUCCUGUUGGAUCAUCACAUGACGGCCCGAGAGCUCGGCUUCUGGAACGGCGUCAUCGCCAUGGGCUUCUCCAUCUGCGGGUCGUCCCUCGGCGGUCUGCUGCUCGCUCAGUUCAGGUAUCCGCCGCCGUCACUCUCAGCAUCACGAACUGUUUUCUCAGAUGAAAUGGCGGUCUGAAGAUCCUGUUAGAUUUAAAGACGACAGAUGUUGAGAUGAAUCAGCUGUUCAGUUUCAAACAUGUAAAGAAAAUAAAAAUCUAAAUAUUCUUCAGGUGAAUUUUUCUUUAAUCAAACAGACGAUCAAAAAAAAAGGAAAAAUUCAUCUGGAAUAAACCGAGUUCAGUGAAAACAGAGGCGGUUUGUUCCUGCUCUAGACUCUGAUCCCACAAGAUGUUCUCCUACCAUCAUCUUCAUCUUCAUCUUCAUCCUGCUCCUCCUCCUCCUCUUCCUCCAAGCCUUCUCUGUCUCCUUCUUUCCUGCUGCUCCUUUCCUUCUCCCUUAACUCCUUUCCUCCUCACUGUGUGCCUGUUUUUUAUUCUCUACCUAGGUGAGUGUGUGUGUGUGUGUGUGUGUGUGUGUGUGUGUGUGUGUGUGUGUGUGUGUGUGUGUGUGUACAGUAAUUUAAGUAAACAUAGCCUUGUUUGAGAGCUCAGGGACCCCCUGUGUCUGGUGUGUGGUGUGAGAACAGCAUGAGCAGCAAAUCCAUCACACACUCUCUCUCCUGAGCGUGCACACAUACACACACUUACACAUGCACACACACAUGCACCCCCUCAGGGUUUGAUCGCACAGACAGCAUGAAGCUGUAGUUGGAUUGAGUUCUCAGGUUUACAGACAGACUCUGAGAUUUCAGGCGGUUUGAUUUGUUUGUUAAAACUGCGUAAUUUCCCUUUAAUGAGAUAACGAGCCCCUCUCUCUCUCUCUCUCUCUCUCUCUCUCUGUUUGUAUGUAACCUUUACAUGUUUCCCUCUCAGCGCUCCGACUCUCUGCUAUUUGACCGCCACUGUUGUAUAAGGUCGUAUGUCCUCCUCCUCUAGGAUCACAGUAAACAGCAGCAGCAGCCUAUGGCCAGAGUGAUGUAAUGGGACUAUAAAUAACAGCCGGUCUGAACGCAGGAUCGAGUGUUAGUCAGGGUUAGAUCACACUGUAUACAUUACUGUGUAGACUCUUAGACAAGUCCUACAGAUCUAGACCUUUUAUUUCUACUGUAGCGUCUCAGACCAGAUCUAGACCUUUUAUUUCUACUGUAAAAUCCAAGACCAAAUCUAGAACUUUUAUUUCUACCGUAGACUCCAAGACCAUUUCUACACAUCUGUACCUUUUAUUUCUACUUUAGACUCUAAGACCAGAUCUAGACCUUUUAUUUCUACUGUAGAGUCUCAGACCAGAUCUAGACCUUUUAUUUCUACUGUUAACUGCGAGACCAGUUCUACACAUCUAUGCCUUUCAUUUCUACUGUAAAAUCCAAGACCAAAUCUAGAACUUUUAUUUCUACCGUAGACUCCAAGACCAGUUCUACACAUCUAUACCUUUUAUUUCUACUAUAGAGUCUAAGACCAGUUCAACAGAUCUAUACCUUUUAUUUCUACUCUACAAUCCAAGACCAGAUCUAGACCUUUCAUUUCUACUGUAGACUCUAAGACCAGUUCUACAGAUCUAUAUCUUUUAUUUCUACUGUGGACUCCAAUACCAGAUCUAUACCUUUUAUUUCUAUGGCAGACUCCUAGCCCAGAUCUAUACCUUUCAUUUCUACUGUUCAAUCCAAGCUCAAAUCUAGAACUUUUAUUUCUACUGUAAUCUAAGACCAGUUCUGAAGAUCUAUACCUUUUAGUUCUACAGUAGACUCCUAGACCAGAUCUAGAACUUUUAUUUCUACUGUAAUCCAAGACCAGUUCUGAAGAUCUAUACCUUUUAGUUCUACUGUAGACUCAAAGACCAGUUCUGCAGAUCUAUAUCUUCCAUUUCUACAGAUUUACCAAAGAGAGAACCAUCUUUGUCAGGGUCCAAACUUUCUUUCCAGACCCUCCUUUCAAACCCAGACCCCCGUUCCAAACCCGUUCUGAACAUGUUUAUUUUCUACAUAAGAACCAUCUUGAAGAAAAGUCGACUUUAUUCUCCUCUCGGUGGUUCGAGCCUCGUCCUGUCCAGGGUUCUGGGAUCAGCAGUAGUCGUUGUUUUUGAGGCAGUUAACAGAGCCAGGUGAGGUCUUGUUCACUCAGGUAAAGAGAUCACCUGGAGGAGGACGUGGAGCGCUCACUCCUUCACUAACGUGUCUCCUCUUCGCUCCUCCGUCUGAUGUCAUCCUUUUUGUCCCGCAGACUCCCGAGUUUCUGUAAAGUGACACGAGCGAACACAGCGAGUCUCCACAGGCAAAUUUUCUGUUGAAGGAAACGAGCUUCAAAAGACGUCAUUGUCACUCUCCAGAUUUCAAUCUUCAGGUGUCGGAGCCGAUAAAGGCGGAGAAAUGUUCACACGCUGACAAAGACUAAAACGCUGCUUUAGGUGGAGAAGUGAAGACUCAGUCACCCGUCACUCUGAAAUCAGUGAACGAGUUAAUGCAGUAAAAUAAGACUAAACAUGAUAGGAGGUUUGAUAGAGGACAAUUAAACUUCACAGUCUGAGCUCAGAGUAACACGACUGCAGCUCACCGAAGUUAGGACGUGAUUAAAUGAAGCUGAGACUUCUCUCUAACUUUAACCUCAGACUUUCACUUUUUUAUCUGACUCUGUUACGUUCAGGUUAUAAUCCCAGCGACUGUCAGGCUCACACAGUCUCAUAAACACACACAGACACACACAGAGGGAGCGGUUGGUGUCCAGCAGGCCGUGGUCCCACCUCUAAAAGCUCCUCUGGAAGCUUUAUCCUCGGCACCAUCAGAACCGGCUGAGUGGUCAGUGAAUGACCCUCUUUACAAUCCGCCACCAGCAACCUGAGAACGAGCUAUUCUUACCUGGGCCCGGCCCGUGUGAGGUGGCAGCCAGGCAGGUUCUCUUUCUCACACACACACACACACACACACAGAAACACACAGAGAAACACACACACACAGCAUCUCCUGAGAGUGUGUGAUAUGAAAGGCUGUCAUUGAGCCGGGAGGUAAAGAAGCAGAGAGAAGAAUGUCUUUAGCAUGUGAAUGAUGGAGGAUUGGUUUUCCAGCAGAGGGUGAGAGAGAGUGAGAGAGUGAGAGAGUGAGAGAGUGAGAGAGUGAGAGAGUGAGAGAGUGAGGUUUAUGAAGAAACAAACGCAGCACAAAGUUCUUCACAUGGACAAACAGAAACAACCAAAACCCUCAUCCAAGGUCAGGAUGAACACAAACGAACUAAACCGACUAAAAAUGAAACAACAGGAACAAAGAAAUCAAACUAAAACUGGAGCUGAUCAGGAGUUUAAAGGGAUAUUCUGGUGUAAAAUUAAUUUAGGGUCAAACACACCGAAACACCGAGUUAGACACACAUGGAAAUACAAUCAGACCAAGACGCUAAGACAGAAGAACUACCGCGUCUGAAAAAUGAUUAAUAUGGUGAUUAUUACUUAAACGAUAAAGAAAUGAUCAUAAAUGUUCUUCCUUGAGCUGCGGCACCCCGCUGUAGUCUGUAAUGGACUGGCCUGAGGUCUCACUACAAACAAGCGUCUGCUGGAAGAGAGUAGGUGAGUUGUGUUUAGUCUCUUUGCUAAAGAAAUGAGUCAAAGUUAAAAAGAUGUUUGGUGUCUAGUACUAUGGCUGUGACCCUAUAUGUACUAACCUCAGUAGAUCAUGGUGUAGUUCCGUUUAGUAACAGAACCUCAUUGGAAAAUUAGCUGAUUUAACUUUACUGUGCUCUUGUUCAAAUAUAUUAACUCAACAGCACAUAAAUCCAUACCUGUCAACAAAAUCAUGAUUUUAUUGAUAAUUCGGCUCAAUAAAAACACCUUUACCUUUUUAUUUUACUACAGUAGAAGUUUAUUAGCCCAGAUUAUAGACUACAGAAGGGGAGAAACGCCCCCGCUUAAGUUUGUUUUCUUAGGAGUUAGAACAACUCUGAAUAUAGUACUAUGUCUGUGACCCUAUAUGUCCUGUUGAUGAAGUUAGGUGCUGUUCUGAGCAUUAUUUGUGGCUAUAGAGUGGCGUUUUGGUUGAGGGCGUGGCUCUCUGUAUUGCUAUCCUGCGGUCGUUACUAAAGUUGGUAUAACUAGAGAAGUAAGCGGUCAGCAACAUCCAUCUCUGGAGGGGGGGUCUAACUCAGGGUUACGGUGGGUUUGACCCUAAAUUAAUUUUACGCCAGAAUAUCCCUUUAACAUAAGGAGAUAAAAAACUGAAACAGGACAUGCGGAUAAAAAUGAGAAGAAACCCAAACGAGAUGAUUCAGAGUUUGAACUUCUCAAAGUUAAUCAGAGAUCUUGUCUGAGAGCGUGUCCUCCUCCUCCUCCUCCUCCUCCUCCUCCUCCUCCUCCUCCUCCUCCUCUUCGUCUUUUUUACACAUUAAUAAUUACAUGCAUAAAAAACAUAAACAAACACACACAGUCCUUUGAGUGGCAGGCGUCCUCUGAGUGAUUGGCAUCACUAAUCCCAGAUGUCACACAACAGUGUGUGUGUGUAAAUGUGUGUGCGUAUCAAUGUGUGUGUGUGUGUUAGCAGUGAUUAAUUAUGGUCCUCAUGCUGGGGAUCUCCUUAGGUUAUUGAUUACGUCACGAAGCAAACCCACAGGGGGAUGAUUUUCUCGCACUAACAGGGAAUCAAUUAGUGUCUGGGGACUUGUUUACUUAAGCACGUGCACGCUUGUAAGGAACUGUGUGUGUGUGUGUGUGUGUGUGUGUCAGCCUUCAGCCUCUGUCUCCACCAUGAUCCUCCUCCUCACUGAACUUGCUGAUCGUCUGCCUGAUUCUCGCUGUUUCGGUUUCUCUGCAGCAUCGGCGCUCUGAUGAGACGCGUGUUUGUGCUGAGAACCAUCAGCAUGGUCUUCCAGAGCUCGCUGCUCACCGUGCUCGAACCGUCGCCCACCAUGAAAGGUAAGAAAACCCACUCUGACCCCGCUUGUCAUUUCACGCCACAACGGCGCCGAUCCAGUCCUGAAGAUGAACAUGUUCAAACGCCAGACCCUGAUCCUGCUCCCACAUGCUGUCCUCCUUUGACCCGCCAGUCUCCUGAAUAAACACACUGAACACACACACUGAUGAACAUGCAGGUACAUGUAAACACACGGCCUCAGGUCACUGAUGUUCCAGGUGAGCUCAUAAACACACCUGAGUGAGGUCAGGUCGGCCUGAUCCUCCUUCAGGUGUGUUCUUCAAGUUCUAAAGUUCUCACGGCUCCUUCACGUCCCGAUAUAAACCACAAACUGCGUCCUCUGACUCCGCCCCCUUUCCUAACAGCGUGUUGGCUCAGAUUCAUGCUGAGUCAGCAGGAACUCAGACUGAGACACAUGUACGCUGAGGCUGCUCUCCUGUAGACGUGUGACUCUCAGGUCAUACAUGAGGACAGAGCUGUGUAGAAGGUAACACCCCAGAGCUGUGUCGGACUCUCCGUCAGAGUUACCCCCGAUCUCCACCUUCAUCCUGGUCGUCUCCUAAAAGGUCGUAUCCUCCGAUCGUAGCUGAUCGUAACCAUUCAAGUUAACGUGUCGAUUUACACCGACUUCUUUCCGUUCCUCUGCGGAUCAAAAUCAAAAUCUAAGACUCUUUUGGAAAGAGUGUAAGUCGCGAUUCCUGCUGUCUGUAAUCGGCCACGAAAUUUGCCUCUCAAGUGGAUCUGGUAGGAAUUUGUGGAUAGCGAAAAUCGGAGCCGUUCCGAAUGCGAUGAAAUUCCUGGUUAGAGCGUCUCGGUCAGAGGAUGAAGUCAGGGUUUACAGGAAGAGCGUCUUUAUCAGAGUCCUGGACCGUUUCUCUGAACUGGACGAUGUUUCAUCAGUUUCUCUAAGUUCUGAUCAGCAGAAGAAAAAUAACAUCUACAUCUAAAGUCUAUGUUUCUAAACUCUGAUGUUCGUGUGGAUCUUUGUUGAAACUUUCAGACGUCUGUACCUGUGAUGUUCAGAUUCAAACCGACUGUUUCUUCUUUAAUUAGCUAAAAGCUAAACGAGGUUUUCUCAUGUGGAAAUGAAGGAGGCUAUUUUCAGACUCGGAUCAGAUCGAAUGUUGAUCUCGUUUGUUUUUACGAACAGACAGAAAUAAUCAGCAGGAGUUAGAGAGAGAGGAGCUUCAGAGAAGUUAAGACUGAGAGAUAUCAGAGUCCACAGACCAGGCAGACCUCUGGACCGGAGUCUAGUCUUUAGACCAGAACAUGCUGAAGAGGACUUAUAGACAGUUGCCCCCCGCCCCCCCAGUCUCUCUGUGUUCAGUUAUUAAUGUCUGAAUGACACGUCUGAUUCUGUUUCACAGUCGCUCUCAAAGCUUUUGGGAUUCAGAUCGUCGUCGUCGUUCAUCUCACUCAGAUCCGUCUGUUCCCCCAUCAGGACUCUCAGACUCUCAGACCCCCCCCCCAGUAAACCCAGAACAAAGAUCUCAGGAAGAUCCUAAAAACUGAGAAGAGAAGAGGAGGAGUUUUCAAUAUUACAUGAUAACCCUCCGCUUCACUACAGCAGCAGCAGCUCCAGUCUGAUCACUGACUCUGACUCCAUCAUUGCUCUCUCUCUCUCUCUCUCUCUCUCUCUCUCUCUCUCUCUCUCUCUCUCUCUCUCUCUCUCUCUCUCUCUCUCUCGCCCGCUCACUCACUGACUGACUGAAGAGUCUGAUUCGGGAAAAGCUCUGGCGGCUUGAGUGAAUAAUUCAGAGACAGAUCUGCUCUGUGGUUCCUCUGUGUUUCUCUCUCCUCCUCGUCCCUCAGAGAUUCUCGACAUGACGAUGGGGGGGGGGCGGGGUUACAGCGGCGGCGUUUCUGUCUUUGUCUUCCUGCUUUGACUCCUGAGCUGAAUCCAACUCUGAUGAACUGAAAUGAUGCUUCAUCUGCAGAAAAACUUGACUUCUCUCUCUCUCGCUCUCUCUCCCUUCCUCUCUCUCUCUCUCCCUUCCUCUCUCCCCCUCUCUCCCCCUCUGUGCCCUCCCCCCCCCCCCUCAGGUAUGGCCGUCCUCAGCAUGAGUAUCCAACACUUCCUGGGCGGUCUCAUCACCACGCUCACCUUCACUACCAUGAUGCAUUGCACUCAGAGGGCCGAAGACGGUAUUCAGGUAAAUUCAGUCUGGAGCGGCUGCUGUUCGUCCCCUUCUCUCCUUACCAUCCUCCUUUUCUCCUUCCUUCCUUCUUUCCUCCCUCCCUCUCUCUCCUUUCCUCUCUCCUUUUCUCCUUUCCUCCUUUUAUCCCUCCAUCUUUCCUCCUUAUAUACUUUCCUCAUUUUCUUCUUUUCUUACUCCUUACCUCCUUUCCUGCUCCCCCUCUCCUUCUCUUCCUCCUUCCUUCCUUUUCUUCUUCUCUCCUUUCCUUUCCUUCGCUCCAUUCCUUCGUCUCUCUUUUCCUCCCUUCUUUAUUUUCUCCUUUUCUCCUUUCCUCCCUCUUUCCUUCCUAUCUUCCUUCUCUCCUUUCCUCCUUCCUUCCUUACCUCUUUCUCUCCUUUCCUCCUUCCUUCCUGCCUGUUAUAUAAUUUUACAUCAUUGUUUUCGUUGAAGGGAAUCCUCAGACCACACCUUUGUCCACCUCCACCUGUCAGUCCCAUCAGCUGUUUGCACCUGCAGAAUCUCAGCUUCUCAUUGCCCCCCCCCCCCCCUCUCUCUCUCUCUCUCUCUCUCCCUCCCUCUCUCUCUCCUCUUUGACAUAACUCCUUUUGUCCUCCUCCUCCUCCUCCUCCUAACUGGGCCAUCGCUGCCUCCAGGUGAUCGCUGUUCACACCGCCAUUCAGACGUCACUCAGUCAAUCUCUCAACGAGACUAAUUAUCAUUUAAACGGCCGUCACUUUAAAAAGAGGAGAAGAAGAAAAGAGCGACCAAUCACAGGCGGCGACUCGGACACAGAGACCAGGAUCCAAACCAAACAAAGACCGUCGACACGGCGCUGAUGAGAACCUCCAUCAUCUGAGAUGUUCUCAUGACACAUAUCCUGUCACUCUGUAGAGUGUGUGUGUGUGUGUGUGUCCUCACUGUGAGGGGAGCAUGAGCCCCCUGUGUGUGUGUGUGUGUGUGUGUGUGUGUGUUAUUGAAGGCGCUGCUAUCCGGUGGCAGAAAGCUGAUCGUGUGAGUGCUUGUUAACGAUCCCCAGGAGAAAGAAACUCAAUCUGUUAAACAAGUUGCUCGGAAUAAAAGCUCUCCACUUAGCUGUGGUCACACCGAGCUCUGCAGCCCCGAGUCUGAACUCACCACCAACACACACACUUUUAUUACACACUUCUGUUACACACACAGGUGACUGUCGCCCAAAACGCUCAAGAUGAGAUGGUUCAUGGAGGAAAACGUUUUCUCUCGUCUGUGAAAUUAUGAGGAGGAAUAAAAAAGUCUUUUACGUAUUUAAACGACCUAAUAAUGUUAACGGUCUCUCCUUUAGUCUGAUCAAUAAACUCUGAGUGGUUACGAUCAGCUCAGUCGGAGGAUACGACCUUUUAGUCGACGAUCAGGAUGAAGGUGGAAAUCCGGGGUUAGGGUUAGAAAGACCAGAGUUCAUUUGUAGUUUAUGUUUCACUUUAGAAACACGGACAGAUGUGGACCAUCUUCCAUUCGAACCUUCAUUCAACGCUGCAGUACCUCUGAUAACCACAGGGGGCAGUAAAGUUCUAACCUGAGACUGAAAAACUCGAAUCACUGCCUCUGAUUUUUCUGAACAGAUAUUUAUCGUCAAUAUUUCCUCUCCUGUUUGUUGUUGUUAGAAACUCGGAGUCUGAGUGGCGCCCUCUAGUGGAUAUGUUGCUUAAAGUUCAUUUCAACACAAAGUCUGAAGGCCGUAAUGAUCACAUGAAUUUAAAUGUAAGGGUUCAUUAGUUUAAUGUCAGGAGAAAAUUAACGAGUCUUCAGCUGAGAUCAGAGUAGAUCAGUGUAACGCUAAUAUUGACGAGGUGAUCGGUCAGCUCUCUCUCUCUCUCUCUCUCUCCUUCGUUUCCUCUCUUUCCUCUUUUUUCUGCUUCCUGAAAAUCACUUUUUUUUGGUCUUAAUUUUAUUUAUUAUUUUGAUAAUUUGAUGAUUUUUUGUUCUUGUCUAAACUGUUUGGAUUUGUAACCUGAUCUGAUGAACCGUCACCUUUUGUUCCGGCGUCUUCUUCUCAACUUUCCAACGUCUCCUUUCUUUUCCAAACCCUCUCCUUCGUUUCCUUCACUUCCUUCCUCCCAUCACCUCCUCAUACCUCACCGCUCUCUCUCUCACCUCCAGGCGACCCACUACAGCUUCCUCGCCACUCUGGAGGUGUUGGGGAAGCUGACGUUCAGCGCCCUGGCGGGGGGCGUGGUGGACUGGUUCGGUUUCCAAGUUGCCUUCCUCUUCUUCCUCACCCUGUCUGCUGGGACGGCUCUGCACGUGUGGACGGCCACCUUCACCGGUGCUCUCAGGGAACACCAGCUCAAAGAGCAGCCCAAGUGAGGUCCGGGUCCGGGUCCAGGUCCUGAUGAAGGACUUCUGCAGGUGCCGAGCAGCGUUAAAAGACGCCUCAGAGUCCUCUAAUGCAGUUAAUCGAUCACAGCGAAUCAUCGUAGUCUAGAAAUCGGAUAAGUUUACGUUCUUGUUCAGCCAUUCUUGAGGAGGAUCAGCCAUGCUUUAAAACUCUGACGAUCACAGAGUUCUUCGUUUCUCAUUGCACUGAAAAAAAAAAAAAAAAAACGCCUUAUUUUGGACUUUUGCUUUGAGUCGAUAAGAAGAGUCUUAAUAUUUCUGUAGCUUGAAGACGCCUGCAGACGCAGACGCAGCGUAGGUCAGGGUUAGGGUUAGGGUGAGCACACGCUGAGUUUUCAGGACGGGGUCAGGGUUCGGGUUCGGGUCAAAUCUAGUCAAAGCUGUUUUUUCUCAUCUGAGCCAUUUGAACGUGUGAAUAAGCCAGCAAUAAGAGCUGCAGCUACGAGCAAUACUGCGACCUAUUUACAGCUUAUUCCAUCAGAUCGUACUGUAUAUGAAUCUGUUUUCCUUUGUUUACACUCACACACGAACGAUUCUCUGCUACCUCCGAUCAGCGCCGUCUGUCACAUUUAACAUGAGCUCAGUCUACAGUAGCUGCACAGCUUUAGUCCUUAUAGAUCAAACUCAACAAAGAGAGAGAGACUGUGAUGACGGAGCUGCAGCACUAAGAGGGUUUAAGUGACUUUGAGACAUAAAAGUACGGUGGCCUGUGAGGGGAACGAUCUGCAACGACUCAUUAGAUUUUCAUGAGCUGUAAGGUCAGAGUUCAUACAGACUCACAAACACGAUGAUUCAAGAAGACAAAACACAACAACUGCAUCAACAGAAACACGACGACGCUCAGACAUGUCAGCGAUAGUGCUCCGGGCCUCUAGGGGGCGCUGUGUGGAGCAGAUGAUCGGUGACGUGAGCUGAACAGAAGUAGUUCGUUAACAAUCAGGAGUAACAUGGAAACUGCAGCAGCUGCAGGGAUGAUUGGGCGCCAUGGCAACAAAACACGUGAUUUGGCAGAUCUUUCCUCCUCAUGAAGAUCGUUUGAGCCGCUGCAGACUCGUUCGCCUCGCCCGCCGUAGAGAACGAAGAAAGUCGCAGCGACGUCCUUUAUCCAGCCGACAGCAGCUUCUUUAGGGUCGAUGAUCUCUUAGUUUGAAGACUGACAGCUUGUAGAUCUGCUCAGCCUCACAUGUUGCAUGGCGCCAUCAUCGCAGUCCAAGAGUCCAGACGGUGAAGAACCUCAAAGACCCGGUCCACUGGAGCUGGACUUUAUAAACUGAUUCACUCAUUCAUUCAUUCAUGUAAUAAUAUGUACUGUAACCUACACUAACUCUCCAUGGUACUGUAUACGAGUAUAGAGACACUUCUCAGAGCUUCAGAUAGGAAUGUUUGAACCUUUAAAGGGAUAUUUCACUCUUUUUAAAGGGACGUUGUUGGAGUUUCGUGUCACUCGUGUUGUUGUAAAAAAAAGUGUGACUGACUUUAAAACGACUGAAAUGUCCCUCUGAACGGAUCAUGUUUUAGUUUAGUCAGCAGACUCAGCCAAAUGAAGCAGGUGGUCACUUCACUUCCUGUCAGUUUCACAUUCAAACGUCGAACCACGUCCUGACUGUGUCGGCGUGGAGACAGGGUCACUGUCGUCAGAUUUGCACAAAAAUAAAAAAGCUGCUGAGUGAACUCGGAGUCGGCGUCUUUCUUUGACCUCCUCUCUUCAGCUCCUUUCUCCAGAUUUCACCACCGUUUCUGUCCUCGGGGCGUGAGCGGCGGCUCUGUGUGGUCACCUCUGAAAAUCCUCCGUGGUUUAAAGCCGCUCAAACACAACACUGAGUGGCUGAGGGGCGAGCGGCGUGAAUAGAGGCCGUGUCACAGGAUCCACAACCCUCAGAGCUCUAAUGACACAACAAACGCAGUGAAGGAGGAUUAGAGCGGCUUACACGGCCCCUCAAUACACCUCCACUUCACACUUUCUCACCCGGCCUCAUUAUUUUCAGGGCGUUGUGUUUGUGUAGCGGGAGAGAGAGGGCGGGUUCGAGCGCGGACUAGGCUUAUCCUCUCAGAAACAACAGAUCUGUUUAGUUUGGAGUCUUUGGACAGAGACGUGAAACCGCAGCUCCAUCAGAUCCGACUGAAGAGAGUCUCUGACUUUAAAAUUUAACUUUAAAUUAAAUCAAAUAAAAAACCUUUAGACUGACGCUGGUCUGCAGGAGCACCAGCUGAUCUUUAUAAUCUUAGAAAAAACACCAAAGGUUUCUGUCAGCAGAUUUAACAGUAGUGACAGUUUUAUCACGAGGAUUUAAAUUUAUUCAUUUUUAUUUAUUUGUUUAAUUUUUCACCUUAAAGAUCCAAAAAAGGCCCAAAAAUGCAGCGAAACUCAGUCUUUAAACCUGAGAGGAGGUGGUCUGAAACCUUAAAGAGUUUAUCUGAGCAGACUAAAGUAAGAGGAGGGUCUGAGAGUCCUAAACAAGAGUCUCUACACUUCUGUGUUCUGGUGAAUCUGUUGGUAAAUAUAAAAUAUUGUCUCAUUGAAUUAAAGACACUGGGAAGAAAAAUUACAAGGAACAACUGAGGACACAAACAAACACAGUGAACCAACCAGAACAGAGAGAAGACAGGGACUAUAAACACAGACAGGUAAACGAGCAACUGGUGAGACAGACGAGACACAGGUGAGACUGAUGAGGGAUUAACGAAGGAGGGAAAAUUAGGGCUGAGUCUGAAAUUAAUCCCUGACCCCCAUAUGUGGUUUUACUGUAUAUCUGACUCUGUAGUGAGCUCAGUCACCGGAGGUUUCAGACACUACAUGGCAGACUAGGGAAGUAAAACCAGACUAGAAACACAAGGAAUCAACUCCUACAAAAUAAAACAGGAAAUAAACACUGAAAACUGAUCUUUAAAAAAAAACAAUCAAAUCAAACCUCAACACAGAGUAAGAUUUACGACUUUAGUUUGAUCUUUUGUGAUUUUUUUUGUCAGUAAGACGAAGGUGGACACAGACUGAACUUAUAUUUGUUCGUUGUUUCCUCCUCCCUGCAAAUCAUGCCGUGAGUGAGAAUCGUCGCAGACUCGCUGUUUGAGGGCUGAACGGUCCUCGCCCUCCUCACUCUGUGCUUUGGGACGGCCUUCAAUAUGGCGGCGCCUCCGCGGGGACGCACAAACAGAGGGCGAGUGUGUGGGGGGGCGGUUUGGGAUUGCGCCUUUAAAUCUGGGGGGCCGGUUUUGGUCCUGUCCUGGUCUGUCUCUCUGUGUUCAGUGUCUCUUGGUUAAAGUCAGUAAAAGGUCAGUGUUUAAAGAUCCGACUCUUUUAAUAAAUAUUUAUUCGACUGUUUAUUUUCUCUGAUGUUUGUUUCUGUUUCACAGUUCAGAGUUCGUCUCUUUCUGUCUUCACAAGAGAACCUUCGUUUCUCCUCGUUUCUCUUUUCACAGUUUUUAUCAGGAUUAUUAUUCCUGAGGCCCAAAGUGGAUCCAGAACAGACCCAGAACAGACCCAGAACAGACCCAGAACUGAACCAGAUCAGACCCAGAACUGAACCAGAACAGACCCAGAUCUGAACCAGAGUGCAUUAACUCUCACUGAACGCCUGUGUGCAGACAUGAGGCAAAGGUAGAGGAGUGGUCCUGAUCCAGCAGUGCUGAUGAGAGUGAGACCCCCCACUGUGGCUGCCAGAUUGGCAGAAACCCCCCGUGGAGAGAGUGCAUGUCUGGGGGCCGCCCGCCCGCCCCGCCGUGGUUACUAUUGUAGUGAUGCGUGCUGGAGAUGAUGCCUCAUGUCCGGUUAGACUUUGUGCGACGGUAACAGUCGUGUAAAUUGCAUAAGAUUGCAUCAAAGUGAGCGAGACGCUGCGGGCGGAACCUGAAGUACUAAAACUUUCAAGCAUGGCGUCAUCAGGGCGUUAUCCAAUCAGAGCUCGGCUUUGUUACAGAGCCGCACUGAGUGAAUUCCUGUGCUGGUCUAAUCAGAGUCAGAUUCCCCGUAUUAAAGCGGAGUCUGGUCCGUCUUUAUGUCCGCACAUAUUCAGUUUCACAUUUUAACAAUCAGUCUGGACACACCGCCAGCUUUAUCGGCCAAUCACAGCAGAGGGAUCGGCUCAUUCACAGCGUGCCAAGAGCGCUCUGCUGAUCAGAAGAGGCACCCAAACAAAAAUCAAGAAAUAUGACGGAGAGAGAGAGAGAGAGAGAGAGAGAGAGAGAGAGAGAGAGAGAGAGUGCUGACUGUAACACCUCCUGGCAGGUAAAGUUACCCCGGGGUUGGGGGAGAGAGAGAGAGAGAAUGCUACAUGUUUUAAUCUCAGCAAACAAAGGUGUUGUAUCGCUUUUUUCCCUCGCCUUUGUCCUCCGUCUCCUCGGGGGGGAGAGAGGUGUUGGCUUUUUGCGCUGCUUUUGUCCCGUGGCGAGCAGAAUGGCCUUCUGGGAAACUUGAGUGGGCAGGUGGAGGAGCGUCAGGUGUCACAGUGUUUCCUCCACCGGUGUUUACUUUUUGUUUAUUUGCAGAAAGAGAGACAUGGACACCUCUCCCUCUCUUUUUCUCUCCCUCUCUUCUUCCCACCGUUCGUCCUUUUGUAUUUCUCGUCUGUUUCUGAGCGGACUCUCCUCCUCCUCCUCCUCCUCCUCCUCCUCAUGAGGCCUCCACACUUUCAUCGUCGUUUCUUCAAUCCAGCGCUCUCUUCCUCAAAGAUUUAACCUUCUGUACGAGUUUAAGAGAAGGACACUGUCCAAUAUUCAUCUAAACUUCUUUUAUCCAAAUCUGAAACCAAAACUAAGAAAACCAGAAAACUAAGAAAACCACUCCAAAAGAUCUGAAACCAGGAAAACAGCAAAAGAUUCACAAGACGGUUAAAAGAUCUACAGCUGUAUGUUUCACGUAUAUUAACCACGAGUAAGAAAACAGGAAUGAAGAAGAAGAAGCAGCUGUUAGCGAGCUAGCUUUAGCAUCCCUCUGCGAGAUGAGUCAGCACUUUUAAAAACUGACAUUAAAGUUUUAUUAAGUUUACUGAUUUAAGUUUAAUGAUCUGUUCAACAAAAUACAAAUCAAUCAAUCAUGUCAACCUGUCUUCUCAAACAUAAGGGCCUGUGUCCACUGAGGGCAUUUUUUGGCACUGGCAGCAACUUCAGCCUCAUGUUGUUUUCACCACGUUAAUAUUACAGGGUUACAGUGUGAAUUCACCCUGAGAGAGAGAGAGAGAGAGAGAGAGAGAGAGAGAGAGAGAUACAGACCAGGACAGAGACACUGAAAAGGCUGAACCUUCAUGACGAAAACAGGCCCUAACAGUUCAGUAACUGCUGUUAGUGGACACAGGCCCUAAGUUUUCAGACUGACACGACUCAUUCAGUCACGAAAUGUCGUUUCACUGAACUGAUGACGUUCACACAUCACUGACAUGUAGGGACGGGUCCUGAAUUUUUGUGAAAGUCCUUCAAAGUACGGAUCUGCACUGCAGGGCCAGCGACAGGAAAACUUCAUAUCUGGUUAAGAACAAGAUUUUUCUCAAAGCUGAAGAGUGAACAGUGUUUACAGACUCCUGCAUUCUCCUCUUUUGUUCAUUUGUCUUAAACUUAUUUUCCCUCGUCACACAUUUUAGAGGAACAGAAGAAUGAAGAAUUGGUUUUAGUUUGAGCAUUAUUAAGAAUAAACACAGUAUAGUUGCAGUGAAUUGUAGUUAAAAGUGUUUUCAUGUUGAAGUUUAUAUAUCAACUGCGACGUUACGACACAAACAGCUGGAUGUUUUUUUAGUAUAGUUGUUAAAGUUUAUUUAUUUAAAAAUAAAAGUGUUAAAUUGAAAUAUUUUAAGAUUUUAUUAUUUAACAAAUUAAUAUUUACGACCACAUAAACACGCAUAAAAAGUACCAAAAAUUGGUACCACUACAGAUUCCCAGGUUCUGGGUACCGGUACUGUAUCGGUUCAAACGUGAAAGGACGUGAGGACGGUCCGAGAGAGACUGAAGUGUUUCUGAUUAUUCUGGUGAUUUCUCAGGAUUCAGAAAACCUCAAAACGUUCACCAACUUUAAAUCAAACUGUAAACUCUCUGUAAUAAUAAUAAAUGUUAUUUAUAAUGCACUUUUAAAGAGCUCAAAGACGCUUUCAUAAAAGAAAUAUUGAAGUCUUUUAACAUUUUGUAUCGUCACCCUAUAAAAAUAAAUCAUCUCUUAAGAUAAGGCCGUUAUUUUAAUAGGGUGACGAUAUUUAGGUUAAAGGGUUCAGACAGGUGGACAUCUACAGAGUUCAUUAUAGUGAAGCUGCUGGUUAAUAAAACCUGCAGUAAAUAUUUAGUGUCUGUGCGUGCAGAUACAACGAAGUGAGAGAAAGAGAGUUUUUCCCGUAGUUUUCACAUGCCCCUACAGCAGCGAAGGCCAACAGAGGAAGAGGAAGAGAAACCGGAGAGGUGUCUGCAGAUCUGUGUGGAGGAAGCAGAGGAGCAGCAUUAAUGCAGGAGGAACAGAGGAGCAGUGAGGGUUCAGUUUGCUGUGAACGAAGACACAACAGCCGAGCUGAAACUUUAGCCCCAGAGGAGAGGAGAGAAGAGCGCUGCUGCUGUAUUUUCUUCCACUGAGGCAGGCAGAUAUCUUUACCUGUGACAACACACACACACACACACCUGUGAGUGGAUCACAUGACCUGAUCAGCAGUGUGGGAACAGAGAGGAGAAAUCUCCACACUUUGGAGCUUCUGCUCAGAUUGAUCUGUUUUUAUCAGAUACAGGAGCUCCAGCCGCUGACGGUGAUAAUCCUGCUCCUCUCCUCUGAAUUAACACUGUUUGAAUACAGUUCAUUUAAAAAAUCAGCCUCUUAAUCCCCGCUCUUCAUUUAGAGACCGACAUUUUCCAUUUUGAUGAGAGUUGAAUUUCAGAUGAGCGUGGAGUUCACCUCAGCAGCCUCAGAGCAAUAAGAACAAACCCGAGCGCACAGAGCAACUCCACGUAAGAAUAAUUGUAUGUUCUGUACUCAUUUCAUUAAUAAUACACAACUAAUUUUCAUACAGGAUCCCUGCUCCCUGCCAACAUAAUCACGGCCGUCUAUUUUUAGGAGCAGCUUUUAAUUGGCAUGAAUAUUCCAAUGAGACACAAGAAGAAGAAGAAGACGAGAGAGAGAGAGAGAGAGGGAGAGAGGGAGGAAGACGGCAGAGUGAAGAUCCUGCUCAGAAAGAGAGGGAGGAAGAGGAGCAGGAUAAUUCCAACUACAGUACAGUACAGUAACAUCUUCAUCCUCCUCAUCUUCAUCACGCUGUGGUUUGGCAGAGAAACAAACAUCUUUAACAGAGAAAACUGUAGAGAUGAGAAAGUCAGAUCGUUUUUUUAACCACUUCUCUGUAAAAAUGACUCUUUCAUAAAGUCCAAACUUCAUCAUUUAUCUUCAGGUUUUCAUGAUAUCAGGAUUUAUCGUGUCCUCUCACUGUCAGAGGAGUCAGCCUGUUUACAGUCGGGUCGGUGUGUGCAGCUUUAAAAACCAGGAGAUCCAGAUUCAUUUACAAUAAUCAGGAUUUCUGAUCCAUGAAACCAGCACAGACUCAAGAAGACACCUGAACUUCCUACAGGAAGAGCAUCCAGAGCAGCUUUUUAUAAUCUGAUGAUUCAGAUGCUGGUGGGUGGGGCUGGACGAUAAAACGAUAACGAUAUAUAUCAAAAACUAAUAUCAAUAUAAAACAUGAUCAAUAUCCUUUUCAAUAGUCGUCAUUCUGACAUGUUUCGGUCGACUAUACGAACAGCCAAUGAAAAGGGGAGUUUCUCCGGGUCUGAACCAAUCAUGUUCUGAAUUAGAACCAAGUAUCAACCAACUGCAGCGUCGUAGCAGACAGCAGCUCCACCCAACCAUAGCACUUUAACAGGUGAAGCCGACAGCACUGUUGGUGAGAAACAAAGAAAAUGAGUGCUACCCCCGACAGAAAUGACCAUGAAGGCUCAACAGAUGACCACAUCAAUGUCAACCACAACACUGGCGUUAGGAAAACGAUAUACAAAUAUCAUUUUUAUAUCCUGAUAUUGAUCGAUAUCAGCUGAUAUGAAACAAAUAUAUCAUGAAAAAUACUUCCCAUAUGGCCCCGCCCUACUGUGGUCUCUCAGGGGUCUUCUUCUCAUGUUCUCUCUCUGGUAAGUGUAUCCAGAGGAGACUUGGACCACUUGUUCUUGUUGGAAAGGCAUCCUGAGGGUUUUUGAAUUACAUUUUUUUUAUCAUGGAAGGACAUCCAGAUGUCUCUUCUUCCAGUUAGAUCGACUUAAAGGACGUCCUGAAUAAACUUCUUCAUGUUGAAUUACUCAGAGAAACAACUUCUUCAGUAAUGAACUUCUAACGGUAAUGAAGUCCUGAUAUUCUGGUCUAACUGUGAACCCGGAUCAGAUGGAGACGUUCAAAAGUCCAGUUUCUAGUCCUCUUCUCCUGGUCGGUCCUGAAGGUCCUGAGGUUCAACCACAGACGUCUUCUCGUGUUGGAAACAGUCAAAGCUGGGAAGUAAACGUGCCUUUACACACACUUAGAGGAGAUCAAAACUGUGUGUGUGUGUGUGUGUGAGUGUGUGUGUGUGUGAGAGUGUGUGUUGGAGGUGAUGGAGCUCCUCUGUGGGGAAACAGGCUAAACCUCGAUCUGGUCCCUCGGUGAUGGUCUGGGAUGUGACAAGCUGCCAUCUCAUAUGGUGUUGAGCCUGAGUCACUGAGCUCUGGUCCGCCUCAGUCUGCAGACCCCUUCAACACACACACACACACACACACACACACACACACGCUCCCCCAGCCUCAUUUGGACCAUUAGGGUUGAGACAGGAGAAGCCUGAUUUCUCGAGCACACUCCCCGCUCCUCCUCUUUCAUUUCCUGUCAUCUCUUCCUCCGACGCCUUCCCUCCUCUCCUCCGUCUCUCUGGACUCACACGUGGACGACCCGUCGGGACAAGUUGUUGACAACAGAGCGCCGAGAUGGUGUUUUCAGGGUUCGGCUCUAUAAGCACGCCUCCACGUUCAUGAAGCACUUUUAGGUCAUUUUAAUCGUCCAUCCAUCCAUCCAUCCGUCCAUCCAUCCAUCCAUCCAUCCGUCCAUCUGUAGAUAAACUCAGUGAGGGUCUGCUGUUGGCAGUCGGACCCUCUGGUGUUCCUCAUAUUUCAGCGUUUCUCUCUGGGACUUCAUUCUUUGACAAACUUUAGCAGAAAACUAACUCUCUCGUUCUUCCAGAACAUUCUCACAGAAAAGUUCUCGAGUGUUUCUUUAAUCCAGAGUAUCCACGGUUCGAGUGACGUCAGCGUUGUUACAGAGACUCUCCUGGUCAUGUUGGUAUGAAUCAGUCCUGCUGCGGCUGCGUUAACUUCUCUUUAUCGUGUUUUCUUAAUAAUAUCCAAAGAGCAGAGCUGCUAACAGGGGCGGAUCCAGGAGGGCAGAUAACAUCGGAGUGAGCCCCCCGAUGGCCACCCCACAUUCCUACACUCUGAUUGGCUCUGACAGCGAGGGGGCGGGCUGUCUUUUGUUGGGACUCACAAAUCUUUGAGAUGUAUGAAGACAUAAAUUAAAA